CAUUGCAAAACUUCUUACCACAUGAUUCAAGCAUGGGGAAGUUACCUGACAGAUGGGAAGAUUAUAUGCCCUGUGGCCAGAGAAUUAAUAAUACACGAUUCAUAGCAUUUAAAGCACCGCUUAAACGAAGUCUUACCAGCCAGCUACCAUUAGAGCAACAGUUUAAUACAUCAGACCUUCUGGAGAGGCUACAUAAUGAAAAUUUAACUAUCGGUUUGGUAAUUGACCUUACUAACACCACACGUUAUUAUUGCCCAAGUGAAUUUAAAUCAGAGGGAAUUGAGUAUGUUAAAAUCUUUACCGAAGGCCACGUUGUUCCCAGUAAGGAUGUUACUACAAAAUUCUUUAAGUGCGUGUAUGAUUUUGAGAAGGCAAAUGAGGAUAAUGAAAAGCUAAUAGGAGUUCAUUGUACUCAUGGACUCAAUAGGACGGGUUACUUAAUUUGCAGAUAUAUGGUUGAUAGAAUGGACUUUCAGCCAAAUGAUGCCAUCCUCGCAUUCAAUACAGCAAGAGGUCACGAUAUCGAGAGGUUAAAUUAUCUACAAAGUUUAGAAACUGGCAAAAGCUCUAUUGCUGGUAUAGAUCUUGAUAAGGUUGCCACUCCAAAAUCUGAUGAAGUGAGUACAUAUUCUAAAGGAUCAAGAAGGGGCUAUCGAAGAAAAUCGCAAAAUAAUCAAUACAAUUCGAAUAACCAUCGCAAUAACUCCCAAUAUAACGACUAUGGAGCCAGCAAUUAUGGAGCUAGUAAUUUUUAUGCAUACAGUUGUGGUCCAGAAAACUAUGAAGGUUAUUAUUACGACGAUAGUGGCUAUGAGAACUACAGCAGUAGUCAAGGCAGGAGAUAUAAUCAUCGUCAAAACUAUUACAAAAACUAUGACAAUAGAGAUAAUUAUUAUGCUAGUAACUACAGCAAUCAAUACCGACAAGGGUUUGCUAAUGACUAUGAAGCGACAGACAGUGGCUAUUACUAUAAUUCUCAGCAAAAUUACGACCUUCCUCGAAAUCAUUCAUCUUACUCUCGUUAUGAUAAUGAAGAUUAUAAAGGAGCUGAACAAAGAAACAAUCGGUCCAAGUAUGAAUAUGACAAUGUACAAGAUUACGAGUACUGCAGACAAAAAUAUCGGUCAACACAGGGAGAUUAUGACUCAAGACAGGGAAAUUAUCAUUCAAGGAGUGGACAUUAUAGCACUAAUCAAGAAUUUGGAAAAUCAGGAAAUGAAUAUAGUGAUAUAUCAGAACGUGGCGAUUUAGAUGAAUUUCAGAAUUCAAGAUUUGAAAGGCAGCAUGUACAUAAUAGUAACAAUAAUCGCAAUCAAUCAUAUUCCAAAGGUCGUAGACCCAGUCGAAAACACGCUCCAAACGCCGAUUAG